AGCAAAUUUGUUCCUAGUGUUCCCCGCCCUCUGCGCUGAUUUAUCUCACCAUCGCCACUCCCCACUUUCGCCGCUUAUCGCGCCGCUAAUCUCGUCAUCGCCUCCCGCGGCUCGACACUCCGCGCCAUAAAUAAUAUCCUCAGAGGGCUAUGCGUCCCGACCCGGCCUAGACCACACCGCGGGGCACUUGCAGUAAGCAGACGUGCCGCUCGUUGCGCAAGAGCCUCUUUUCGGCGCUGAGCGCGCGCCAACGCGUGCGGAGUAUGGGGGGAGGCGGCAUGGCGGUGGUGAGGGAGAGGAAGAGGCAGCCGAAGAAGCUCCCCAAGCUCCCUUCUGCUCCCACGGAGGGGGAAGAGGAAGAGGCGGCUACAAGGACCGAUGCUGGCGCUCUGGAGGACGGUGGAGGCACCAAGGGGGCCGUUGCGGAGGCAGCUACAGCGGCAGGGACGGACGCAGCAGCAGCGGCAGGGGCAGAGGAGGAGGGGAUGGAGGGAGAGACAACAGCAGCAGAAGCAGCAGCAGAAGCAGCAGCGGAGGAAGUACCGGAGGCAGAGGCGGAGGGGGAGGGGGAGGAGGAUGAGUUGCGUGAGGUGCCGGUGAGCUUUGGCAGUGCGGAGGAGUACGUGGACGUGUUCGAGCGCCUGCUGCUGGAGGAAUGCAGGGCGCAGAUCCUCAGAGGGGCGGAGGAGCAAGGCGGCAUGGAGUGCCAGCUGGUGGUGGCGGUGCGGUGUGAGCGCGCCAACGAGUUCCACAUGGUGGGGGUGGCGUGCAAAGAGGCCGUGGUGGCGGACUGCCACGACAACGACCUCCUGCUCCUCGCCAAGGAAAAGCCGUGGGGCGGCAGCGCCCUGCCGUCCACAUACGCCAUAGCCAGCGUGGAAUCCCGGGAGACCAAGACGUCCCUGCGACUAAGACUGUGCCUGGAGGACCCCUGGCAGUGGGCGGACGAGGGGAGUGGCAAGUCCAAUAAAGCAGGAGAAGAAGAGGAAGGGGCUGGAGGGGCGGGGCCGAGGGAUGAAGGAGAGAAGGCGGAGGGGAAAGGGAAAGGGAGCGGGAAGGGGAUAAGGUGGGGGUUGCGGCAGCGGGCGAGGGCCAAUCGGAUGCUGUCGUUCCUGAUGGGCGCGGCAGCAUCGGGCGGCAGUGCGUGCUGGGUGACCAAGCUCUGCAACACGUCCACCAUCUGCCGCGAGUACGCCGCCCUGCGCUCCGCACCCUCCCUCCCCUACAUCCGCACCGUGCUCGCCACCCACAUGCGCGGCCAGGGGCAGAAACAGGUGGGGGCGGGGGCAGGGGUAGUGGGAGUAGCAGCAGCAGAGGAGGAGGAGGAGGGGGUUGGAGGCGGCGAGGGGCGGCAGCAGCAGUGGAGAGUACCCGAGGGGCUGAUGGAGUAUCUGGAGUCGAGCCACAACGACUCUCAGCUGCGCGCCAUCAAGGGCGGGCUGUCCCGCCGCCCGCUGGUUCUCAUCCAGGGGCCCCCGGGCACGGGCAAGACACAGGCCAUUCUGGGGCUGCUCAGUGUGGUGCUGCAUGGGCGGCCGGCGCACGAGAUGGGGGAUGCCGGCACCGGAUCCCACCCCACGGCACCCCUGGUCCGCUUCACCUGGCAGCAGCGGCAGCAGCAGUGGCUGCUGGCGUCGCCUUGGCUGCACGGGGUGAACCCCCGAGAUGCAGUGGAGCCAGAUGAUGAGGAGGAGGAAGAGGGUGCAGGGAGCUCGGGUGGCAAUGUGUUUGGCAGCACGCAGCAGGUGGAGGUGCUGGGAGGACACCGCAAGCAGAGGGCACACGUGCUUGUGUGUGCGCCCUCCAAUGCUGCCCUUGAUGAGAUCGUGCUGCGCCUGCUGCACACAGGCCUGAGGGACGACAGCGGCGGCAUGUACUCGCCGUCCGUGGUGCGCGUGGGGCUCAACCCGCACCACUCCGUGGCCUCAGUCGCCAUGGAUAACCUGGUGUCCCAACGUGCCAGCAGCAUGGCGCGGUCGGCUGCCGGCGUGGGGGCCAAGACAGCGGGCACGGGCGCGGUGGAGCGAGACAGGAUCCGAGUGGCCAUUCUUGAUGAGGCCGCCAUUGUGUGUUCAACACUGGCCUUUGCGGGGUCGGGGGUGUUCUCCCGCAUGUCACGCCCCUUUGACGUGGUGGUCAUUGAUGAGGCAGCGCAGGCUGUGGAGCCAUCCACGCUCAUCCCCAUGACCCACGGGUGCUCGCAAGUCUUCAUGGUGGGCGAUCCCCUCCAGCUCCCGGCUACUGUGCUCUCCACACGCGCCGUGCACUAUGGGUACCAUGGCAGCAUGUUCUCUCGCCUGCAGCAAGCAGGCUAUCCCGUUGUCAUGCUCAACACGCAAUACCGCAUGCACCCCAUGAUCCGCCAGUUCCCCUCUAGCGAGUUCUACGGGGGAGCCCUCAAGGACGCGCCGCAGAUGGCGCAGAACACCGCUAGGCCAUGGCACGCGGAGCGGCUGUUUGGGCCGCUCUUCUUCUUCGACCUGCACCAGUCCAAGGACGAGCAGCCACCCGGUGGGUCCUGGAUGAACAAGGACGAGGCGGAGUUCGUGAUGGUGCUGUACCGGCACCUGGUGGCGCUCUACCCGCAGCUCAAGGACACCUCGGACGUCGGCGUCAUCUCCCCGUACAAGCACCAGGUGAAACUAUUGCGAGACAAGUUUAGGGAGCUGCUAGGGGAGACAGCUCAUAAAGUGGACGUCAACACCGUCGACGGCUUUCAGGGCCGUGAGAAGGACGUGAUCAUAUUCUCGUGCGUGCGCGCGGGGAGGGGCAAGGGGAAGAGCAUCGGGUUUCUGUCGGACUAUCGGCGCAUGAAUGUGGGCAUCACCAGAGCACGCUCUUCAAUGCUCGUGGUGGCCAAUGCAAGUGCUCUGAUGGUGGAUGAGCAUUGGGGCAACCUCGUCAGACAUGCACGCACCACCAACCGAUACCUCAAAGUGUCCCGCCCCUUCCACAAGAUAUUUGCCAGCGAGCACCUGGAGAAGAUGAGAGCGCUGGCAGAGGCAGAAGGGGGCGAGGAGGGGGCUGCAGGUGCGGCAGGGGGGGCAGCAGGAGCGGCAGUGGGAGGAGAACCAGCAGGGCCGGCUUUUAAGAGAGCACCCACUUUGGAGGACUACGGGGGGGAGCUGGACAAGGGGGAUGGGGGGGCGGGAGGGGAGGGGGAGGGGGUGCAGGAGGGGGGAGGGGAGGAGGAGGGGGAGGAGGGGAUGGGAGGGGAGGAGGACUUUGUGGUUGCUGAUGCGGCAGGGGACUUCGAUGAGGACAACCUGGACGGGGAGGGCCCCUCUUGGUGAGCCUUUCACACAAGGGCACAGCAGCUACAACCACCACUACCACAGCUACUAUAAAUGCGCCGAGUUUCGUGACGAGAGAAGCAGGUACAUGAGGGUUGUUCACGCACACAGGGCCUCCAGGAGAAGGCCGGCACGGCUUGUUGCACAUAACACGGCUUGUUGCUUCGCGGUUGGAUUGUUGUCAGAAUGCUUCAUGGUCAU